AUGGAUUGUGGGGACGAGGUCGUGGACAUGCGGAAACGGAGUCUCUUUCAUCCCACAUCCGAAUUGAUGGCGAAUAAACGGAUCAAAAGUUCCCCCUUUAGUCCAGGUGAUCAUGCUGAUGGGGAAUACAUGGAAAGACAGCAAAUGGAUAGCAAACCGAGUUCGUCGCUGGGAGAGCCCAUCAGUGCCGAAACAGAAUUUUCAGAAGCCGAUGAGAACGAUGACUUCGCUGCUUGUGAAGACGAUGGCACAGACAGAAAUCAGUAUCUCGCCGCCGCACCAAAUCCCAUGGAUCAGGCUUUGCGCGAACUCAUUCGGAAGUACGUUCGUGCUGAUUACGUCAUCCACUGCCUUGAACUCGCUGGGUUCGAUUCCGCGGUGGUUUUUGCAUGUCUAAAUAGUGAGACUAACAUUCGACAACUGGAGACCUUUGUCGGAGCCACCUGUGCUUUGAUAAAUUCGCAGAAAAUUCGUCAAUACUUUCUCGGUCCUGUUUACGCCCGACACCCGACCAAUUUCAAGCUUCCUGCCGGUGUUGUUUGUGGUCUUCAAUUAGCGGUGGAAGAACUGAAACGAACAGGGACCUUCACGACUUCACCCGCUGUUCCAUUCAGUACGAUAUCAGACGCCGCUACCCAAACCGAAGUGUCUAGUCUUGGGCCGUCUUCAUUAACCUCGUCUUCCGAAGGCAGUCCUCCAGAUCCUGCAUUCGCUAACGCCUCCGAUUCCUCCCUUAUUCCACCUCCCGCCCACAUUUCCACAGAAAACCUCUCUUUCCAUCUACCACCCCCUUCGCUUUCCACCGUCGAAAGUGACUGUAAAAGGCUGUUCGACUGCAUGGGGGGAAGGUUCUCUCUUCCUUCACAAUCCCAAUCACAUUCUCCGCAUUCUAGAAGCUCUUCUUCCACUUCCGUUGAUAAUAUCGACGUGGAAAGGCUGAUACAUCAUUCCUCGGCCAGCGCUUGCCGUCUAGCCGCGCGACAGUUCGUCAACGCGAACCUUGUUCGCGGCCAGCAUUUCGAUAUGGAGAUGGAGGUGUCUGGAGGAGGUGAAAAUGGUCAGAAAAGGGUGACAGGAAUCUUCUAUUGCCAUCUUUGUCGGGAGAAACGCGAAAGAACGUGUGCUGUGCGGUUCUCUGUUGCGAGAAAUCGCUACCCUGUGAUGAGUAAUGUGUUAUCCCACCUCAAAACCCACUUUCAGUAUCAAUCCAGUGCAAAUGCGGCGGCAGCUGCUGCGCCAGCUGCAGCUCCUGCCGUUGGGACGAAAAAAAUUGUCCCUCCACCACCCCCUUCCGUUUCCCCGUCAGCUUUGAUUGACUCCUCAGCCCCCACUGUGGCAUCCACGGAGUCGCCCUUCCUUUCUCCCAAUUCCUUUUGUAAUCUCGUCUCCCGUGUGGUUCAAUUCGCGGCAUCGGCCAAUCCUCUGCCAGCAACGGAGAUGCGCCUACCCUCACAGGUGCCUCUGGGCCAUUCUCCGUCAUUGCCUUCUAAGCUGAGCUCUGUAAACUGA